AUGGAACACGACGAAAGUAAUGCAAACGAUGUUGAAGACGGAAAACUAUGUGAGAAAGGAUGCACGCUGAGAACAAACGACAACGACGAUGCGGGACCGCGCAUGGAAUUCUACCUCAAAGCCUCAUUCAAAUGUGCCAUCUGGGAUCAAGUCGUCGAGCAUUGUUUUCAUUUCGACUACACUUAUCAAAAUGUGGACUACACAAGCAUCGUCGAGCUUCAUCUUUCCCAAAGUCAUAAGAGUGGUGAUUGGUGGAAAUCUGACAACGUAAAGAUCUACGGGAUCUACUGGUGC